CUUGUCCCUCGUGGGCUCCUGAAGCAAGCGUGUGCGCCGCCCAGUAGUGUCCAGCUCUCCCUGAAAGCCUGUGCCCGUGACCUCAUGCCCGAGCAGUCGAGAGGGGCGGACUCCGCCCUUUACACCCCACCCGCAGGGGUGCGCGGGAUGACCAGCCUGGACCGGGAGGCCUUCAGCUGGACGGUGAGCGUCCCUGCCCUGCGCAUCCCGAAGGAGGUCCUCAACAAGCUGGUGAAGAGCCUGAAGAGGGUGGCCCUGAAGCGGCCUGGCCUGAAGCGGGUGGUGGAGGACGGGGCCGACCCCGACCACAGGCUGCUGCUGCUGGACCCGGCCUGCGUGUCCUCCCCCGGCUCCUUCAGCAGCUCCGAGGCCGAGGCGCUCCAGAAGGCCAGCGUGCCCCUGGAGGUCCAGAAUUAUGAGCUGCGGAUGACCUAUGAGAACCUGAAGAGCGAGGAGGUUCUGCGGGCCGUGCUGCCCGAGGGCCAGGACGUCACCUCAGGCUUCAGCCGGGUGGGACACAUCGCGCACAUGAACCUACGUGAGCACCAGCUGCCCUACAAGAACCUCAUCGGCCAGGUUAUAAUGGACAAGACUCCAGGAAUAACGUGUGUUGUCAAUAAGACCAACACGAUCGACUCCACCUACCGCAACUUCCAGAUGGAGGUCCUGGCGGGAGAUGGCAACAUGGUGGCCAAGGUGCGCGAGAACGGGGUGACAUACGAGUUCGACUUCUCGCGGGUGUACUGGAACCCGCGGCUGAGCACGGAGCACGAGCGCGUGGUGGGGCUGCUGCGUCCCGGCGACACCGUGCUGGACGUGUUCGCCGGCGUGGGGCCCUUCGCCGUGCCUGCCGCCCGCCGCGGCUGCAGCGUGCUGGCCAACGACCUCAACCCCGAGUCCCAUCGCUGGCUGCUGCACAACUGCAAGCUCAACAAGGUGGACGGGAAGGUGCGUGCCUUCAACCUGGACGGCAGGGCCUUCAUCCGGGGCCCGCUGAGGGAGGCGCUGCCCGCCCUGCUGCGGGGCGCCGCCGGGGUGCACGUCGUCAUGAACCUGCCCGCGAUGGCGCUGGAGUUCCUGGACGCCUUCCGGGGCCUCCUGGACCCGGGCCUGUCCCAGGACGUGGCCGGCCUGCCGCACGUACACUGCUACGGCUUCUCCAAGCAGGACGACCCCUGCAGGGACGUGGUGGACAGGGCCUCGGCCAGCCUGGGCGCCCCGCUGGAGGGGCGCUGCUCCGUGCAUCUGGUGCGCAACGUGGCGCCCAAUAAGGAGAUGAUGUGCGUGAGCUUCGCCCUGCCCAAGGAGGUGCUCUUCUCCAAUCACAGCGCAGAGACAGAUCUCCUCCUUAGAUUCUCCAGAGGAACCACCCACAAAGAAGCAGAAGUCUGAUCAUACAGCAGACUGAAAACAUCAUAGCACGAUGGACACUGUUUAAAACACUUUUUUUUUAAACCGCAAAACUUCAGUUUGCCUGCUGAUGUUACCAAGGUGAUCAUAUUUGUAAUAAAAGGUGCCAGUGUUUAAAUAUGAACCCAAAAUUCUGUAAAUGGACUGAACAAUAAGCAUGGCUUGUACAGAUCCUGUUAAGACUAACUUCAGCUCCUGGCUUAGAUAGUUGGCAUGAUCAGUGACUUUGGAGGGAAGGGGAAACUGUGUCUUUAUCAGCAUAUCUAUCCAGAAGUAUACUGUACAAAAUCUGUAAGAAGCCAUGCAAAUGUACGGAAAGGUUUAUUUAUUUACUGGUAUAAAGUCAAAUGUCUUGCUUCAGAUGUUUUAUUUUAAGAUUUGUAGAAAUAUGACAAAACUUAAAGAUAUUCCCAGGAUGGAAUAUCAUUAUGCUUAACCCUUCUGGCAAUCUCACCUGGCGGGCUGUCCAUGGUUAAAC